CAAGCUCAAUAAAUCUUCGAUCUUUUCCGCAUUCCAAGCUUAUUUCUUGCACAAACAAUGGCGGUACAACUGACAAGAGUUGGAAGGCCAAGUAUAAGAAUCUGGCACUGAGUGGGGGAGAUGGUAGAGCUCCUCCUCCUCUGCCACCGCCUCCUUGUAAUCAUCUUCCCGGCAAGACCAUGAAAAGAGUGGUGGUUGAGGAGGAGGAGAAGGGCGGCGUCGGCGGGUCUUCUGGUGGGGCUCCGGUGGGAAGACAACAGAUGAUGGUUCUGUGUGGGUUUGGGUAUUGGGUUCAAGGGUUCAGAUCGUUCCCAUGGCUGGCUCUCAAUUUCCACAUGGCUAAUGGGAUGAAUAUGCACCCUUCUAAAUUGCAGCUUGUGCAGAACUCCGGCAAUCUCCCUUUUGUGGCCAAGCCAUUGUAUGGUAUCCUGUCUGAUUCCCUUUACAUUCGCGGUGCUCAUCGACUCCCUUACAUAUCCAUUGGAGUUUUCCUCCAGGUUAUAGCUUGGGUUCAAUUAGCAUCCUCUGCAAGUGAAUCACUUCCAGCUCUCAUGGCAUGCGUUCUCCUAAGCAACCUUGGAGCUUCGAUCACAGAAAUCUCCAAAGAUGCUCUAGUGGCAGAAUACGGUCAGAAAUACGAACUCCCAGGAAUCCAAUCCUAUGCUUUCAUGGCUUCAGCUGCUGGAGGAAUGCUAGCCAACUUACUCGGAGGGUAUUUCUUACUCAAAACAAAACAGCCCAAAUCAAUGUUUCAAGCUUUUGCAGCUUUACUUGCAGUCCAAUUAGCAAUGUCGUUAUCCAUGAGGGAAGAUUCGCUCGGUUUGGCUGUCCAGCCUUCAAGUCAUGAACUUUUACAGAAACCAAUCCAAGAAAGUAUAAAAAAGAAGUUUUCUGAUCUCGCGGUUGCCAUUAGAGAAGAAAGCAUAUAUCGCCCUCUUGUUUGGAUCGUUUUAUCCAUUUUGACAGUUCCGGUCCUAUCUGGUUCGGUCUUCUGCUAUCAGACACAGCAUCUGAAUCUUGAUCCAUCGGUUAUCGGGUUGUCCAAAGUGACCGGCCAGUUGUUGCUCCUCUCCAUGACCAUUCUUUACAACCGGUACGCAAAGAACGUCCCUAUGAGAAAACUGUGUGGCACUGUCCAAGUCUUGUAUGCUUCUUCCCUGAUUCUUGAUCUUGUGCUGAUCAAGCAGAUGAAUAUCAAGGUGGGAAUUCCAAAUGAGGCCUUCGCGCUUUGCUUUUCAGGAAUUGCAGAGACAGUUUCUACAUUUAAGCUGUUGCCAUUCUAUGUGUUCAUUGCAAGUUCAGCUCCAUCAGGAUGUGAAGGAUCACUCCUGUCUUUAUUGGCAUCAGUGCUGUGUUUGGCGUCAAUAAUUAGUGGGUUCUUAGGUAUUGGGUUGGCUUCUUUACUAGGGGUUAGCUCUAGUGAUUAUUCACGGCUGCCUGCUGGGAUCAUAAUCCAGUUUCUUGCUGCGCUGGUGCCCCUUGGAUGGCUUAAACUUUUGCCAAUGUCACAGCCCUUGACCGAAAAAAGGAAGACAGGCAGUGGAAGUAGAAGGACAAAAAGGAAUAGGAGGGUGGGAAGAGUUGUUCUUGGUUAUAUCUAUUCCUACAGGCGAGAACGGCCAUCUGAUCUGCAAAGAUGAGAAUCUGAGUUUAGAUUAGAGCAAAAAAUUGAUUUGGAUUAGAAAUCUGUGAAGAUAUUUACUGAAAUUCAUUGCCAUCAGAAAGAAGUGAAUGCAGGAAUCAAAUUUUCCAAAUCUAGGGGGCGAAAAAUAUGUGAAGUUCUCUUAGACUGGUUUUCCUCUCCUAAAGAACUAAUAUGAAGUGAAACCAGUUGGGCGAUACAGAAUUACCGUGUUAGCACCAUGGCAUCAGUAGAACAAAGUACGAUGAGUCGA